GGUUCUUUUUAGGGGGAAAAGGAGUGCUGCAUUUAAUUAUCAAUUACUCUAUCAAUAGCUUUUGUGAUUAAUCUGAAAUAAAUUGUGAGGAAAAAUUAGUCCAAUGAGGUCCUCAAAAUAGACAAAACCCCAGAUAUAAACAAUUUGUUAAAUAUAUUAAAUAGAGAAACACAGGAUUUGGUGUUUUUUCUUGACAAAUGGUUGAAAAUGAUCGAUUAUUAGAACAGUUUAGCAUUAAUUUUCCGUCAACUAAUUGAUUAAUUAACUUAGCUCUUACAGAACGGAUGAACAACUGUAGCAGUAGCCGACAUGAUGAUUUAUUUAUAGGUUAAAGCGACUCCAGUUGAUUUGCCGGGUCUGUUUAUAUACUGUAACGUUAUGUUGACACUGUGGCCGCUGAGACCAGGCACCGCCAGUUUGACAGUUGACUGUUGCAUUCCGGCAAAAACACACCCUCCUCCAACCAACCUAAAUCACAGCUUUCGGCGGCAACCGAAAAUAGUGAAAUAAUGAAACACAGACAUUUUUGUCAAUGACCAGAGAACCGCAGCAACCGCGUAGCCUACAACCGACAUUUGCUCUCUCCUCCUCUCUCCCUCUCCCCCCUCCGCCCUCCUCGGCUCGUCCUCCUCCCCUCCCCUCCUCUCACCUCCCUCCCUCCGUCCUCUCUCUCCGGGACUGAGAAUGCCCGUGUUGUACUGACACAGUAGCGAUACGGGCUGAGCAGACAUGGAGGCCCGAUUAACGAGAGAGGCCCGUGCUGACACAUCCAGGCCCAGCUAACGGCGAGGCGAAGUGGAUUUCGGAGCAUCUCCGGGAGAUAUUACGGAUACCAGUUGCUCACUUGGGGAAAAAUAUGUGGCCACCACGUUGAUACACACCAAUGGAGGACACAGCCAAAUAAUGUGAACACCGUUUCUGGACAAUUACACAGUUGAAGGACGGAGAAAGAGGGCUGGACAGCCGAGGAAGGGAGAGAAGCCACUUCAAAACAAGGAGAGCUUCACCCUCACCGUUAUCCCCCUCCCCCCUUUUCCCCCUUCACCCCUAUCCCAUUCCCUAACAAAAACUCUACCUGGUAUCCACAGCAUCCCCUCCCUUGUAAACCUGCACACUCCCUAAAGUUCUGAUGGAUCAGAAGAUUCAGGGGGGAACCGCAACUCCACCCCCUCUCCUCUCAGGUGCUCCCGCAGGGGAGCGAGAGAAGGAGGGAGGGGGUGGAAAGAAAGAGGAGGAGGAGGAGAAGAAGAGGGACAGGGAGAAGGAGGGAGCUGCCACUGUCUCUGCUAGCGCAGGAGGUGCAGGAGCAGGUGGUCCAGGAGGUGCCGGCAGUGACCAGUCCCACUUCUCCAUCAAGGAGAGCAGCCUGUCCGAGGGCAAUGUCAAACUUAAGAUUGGCCUUCAAGCAAAACGCAUGAAGAAACCCCCUAAGAUCUUGGAGAAUUACGUUUGCAGACCAGCCUUCAGGGCCACCGCGAGGCAUACAGGGCGUGGAGGAGGUGGUGCUCGAGGAAAUCGUGCAGCAGCUACAAGUGAUGGGCCAGGCAGUCAGAGCCAGAGUCCUUCACAUGGCAGGGAAAAAGAGAGGGAGCAGAGUCCCAGUGUCAACAGACCAGCCCCAUCAUCUUCAUCAACCCCCUCCGCUAAAGCUGCUACACCACCACCUCCUGCUCCUCCUCCCGCCAGCACUACCACCCUGUCACCCUCCCAAGUGAAUGGGAGUGCUCCAGCAAAAAGGGGUCCACCAAAGAUGGAUUGCAAGUCUGAUACAAAGCCAGACGCAAAAGCAGCCACCACCACAUCUGAGAGACCCCUUAAUCUUCACCGCCCUCCACCAGACAGCAAAACACAUCCCUUUGGGAAGAAAACACCGACUCCACAACCCAACCCCCGGACAUCUUCACCCUCUCCACCACUACCUGCAUCAAAGGAACCCAGCUUUGAAGGUGUUAAACCUCCUCAGUACACCUACAGCACUGAAAGUCAGAGAGACAAGGACAAAGGUGUUCAAAGUUGGGGAGCCCCCACAGUCACUGAGAAAUUAGCUCAACUCAUAGCGACUUGCCCACCAUCAAAGACCCCUAAACCAGCCAAACCUGCAAAGACUGACCCUGCUCCUCCUCUCCCAAACUCAGGCUUUAUGGCCCCCACAGCCAAGCAACGAGACAGGGCAAUGGCCAAUAGGAACACAUAUUCAAGAAUGAUCCACCUUUCUCCACCACCUCCUGUGUCACGGCCGCCUGGUCGGCCCUAUGGUUCUAGGAACAAAGACAAUGUUAUGGAAAAUUUACCCACCAUGAUACCCCUGAGGAGGGAGGACACAGAUGGGGCUGGGAAAGCUAGUAGCAGCAGCAUCAACACAAACAGCAGCAACAGCAGUAGUCGCAGCAGCAGCCCAGCACUCACCUAUGGCAAUAACCGGCUGUCAGCCCUGUCAAAGGACAGCAACAAUGACAACAGCAACGUUAGCAUUUCUAAGCCACAGUCACGUCCCAGCCACUGCCUACCCCACAACACAUCUUCGCCAUCUUGCCCCAUUUCAUCCUCUUCCACCACUUCAGCUGAGCAGAGGACAGUGAGUGCAGUGAGUCACCUGGGCUCCCCUGCUCCCUCACAAGGACACCAUGCACGAGAGAGUCCUGCCCUGGCAGAGGAAAGCAGUGCAAGUGAGAGGGAGCAGGACAUGGACAGCCCCAGAGACUUAACCAAGUGCCCUCCUCUAACAGGAACAGGAAAGUCAGAGGGGAAAGAUAAGGGGGCUAGUAAUCAGUCACUGCGAGUUGAGAGGGGGAAGAGUUCUAGUCCAAGUAAGCGCAGUCCCAACCGGGAUAGUAGCCGACCUGGUCGGACUAGCAGUCCCCCUGAACCUGUAAGACAAAGGGCACCUUCUCCACCAGAGCCAGAUGAUGAAGAAAGCCCACAAUCGCCUCUUAGAGAUGAUUCUCCUGAUUCAUCCCUAGACUCUCCCGCAGAGCAGGAUAGCAAACCCCUUAAAAAACGCAGGGGAAGAAAACCUCGCUGGACCCGUGUUAUGAACAAGACGCAGAAUCAAAGAGCAGGCCAGGACAGCCCCUUCGACCAAACCAUCAUGCCUUUAUCUUCAAGCUUGGAAACGCCACCGCCAGUUAAAAGGCCCGUGGGCAGGCCUCCCAACCCAAAUAAGGUAAAACCAAAUCCUGUGCCACAAAGUCCAGUGUCACAGCUCUUCCCACCCCAGCCCAAGAAAAGAGGAAGGCCGAAGUCCAAAAUGCCGAGGCUUGACGCUCCAGCCCAUGGGCGCCCCCCUAAUAAGUUGGCUCCUUCCAAGGUCUUUUCAUCUUUAUUGAAGUCCAAAGAAGAGCAGGACCCCCCUGUUCUUCACCCAGAGGUGGACCUGAAUCCCCCUAAACCUAUGCCUAGAAAACGUGGACGCCCUAAGCGCCUUCCCCCUACCUUACCCCAGGAGGGUCAGCCUCCCACACUGGCUCCAGAGGCAGGGGACAUGGGAGACAAACGUUUUCGCAGCAAAGGAAACGGGCAGCUUAUCAUGAAAACUAUCAUAGGCAAGAUCAAUAAGAUGAAAAGCGUGAAACGGAAGCGUAUUCUUAGUCAAAUCCUGUUAGGUCCGAGAACAGAAGACACCCCUAAAGUGACCACCAGUGGUGUGGUUGGCUCUGUGGAAGUUGCAACCCAAUCUUUGUCCUCCCUGGCUGCUUCUUUUGGGGGAAAACUAGGGCCACAAAUUAAUGUCAGCAAAAAAGGCACAAUAUACAUGGGUAAGAGGAGAGGCCGUAAACCCAAAGCAAUGAGUAAUGCCUCAGCUUCAACACCACCACCAGAACCCUUCCUGUCGCCAAACACCACUUCCCCUCUCCAUCACCAUCAAUCACAGUCCCAGCAACAGCACCAGCUCUCCUCUUCGGAGGUCUUCCCUUCCCCCUCCCUCUCGCAGUCUAGUGGAGGCCACAGUCCCAUCAGUGAUGCCAGUUUUGUAGAGCCAGGUUCAGUGCACUUUGCAGGUCACUCUCACUAUUCAAACCCCCAUCAUAGCCACAGCACGUUCUCCUUCCCUCCCCCAACCUUUUCGGCACCUAAUCCUCGCAACCCAGGGCUGGGCUCCAUGGCAUCAUCUAUGGCCACAGCAGCUUCCCAGAAAAAGUCAUCUUGCCGUGGAUACCAUCAUCACCACCACCAUUACAGACAGCACUACCACUAUCAUAAGCUUUCUCCUCCCAGGCCGCUGCAUCCCACCUCUCCUGCCCCCCUCAGUGAGCUAAAAGAAGCCACUCCAUCACCGGUCAGUGAGUCACACAGUGAGGAGACAGUGCCCAGUGACAGUGGUAUAGGAACAGACAACAACAGCACCUCUGACCGUGGUGAGAAAGCUGGAGGGGCGGGUGGCUUGGGUGGAAUUGGGAUGCCACCCGGGAUGGGAAGUGGCUUAUUAAUGCCAGGGGUCAUCGGUUCAGCUAUGGGUCCAGGGAUGGGCCUCAAUUCGAGAGGCAGGCGGCGACACUCCGCUGUGCUUAUGGAGCAUCCCUCACCCUCUCCAUCACCCCACGGGGCAAGGUCAUCACCUGAUCCCCGGAGACCUCACCCAGCAGCUCCAGCCUCCUCCUUAAUGGGACACAAGGAGAAACACAAGCACAAGUGUAAACGCCGUAGCCAUGGAUGCCCUGGCUAUGACAAGCUAAAGAGACAGAAAAGGAAACGCAAGAAGAAGUACCUGCAGUUGCGCUCAAGGCGGCAUGACCCAGACUUUCUUGCUGAGCUGGAUGAGAUUGUUGUGAGACUGAGUGAAAUACGGAUAGCACACCGCACCACAGGGCACCGCCUUGGCAGUGGAAUAGGUAUGGCUGCGGGAACAAGUAGAGUGCCAGGAGUGGGGAGCCGGGCCAGCAGUGGCAUAGGAGGCACAGGUGGCCCUCCACCACAUCAUUAUGUCCACAGGGACCUCCUGCCUACAAUCUUCAGGGUUAACUUUGGCAGCUUCUACUCUCAUCCUGCAUACUCCUGUGACCCAUUGCACUAUGUUCGUAAACCAGACAUGAAGAAGAAACGAGGGCGGCCUCCCAAACUGAGAGAGUCCAUGUCUGACGUUCCCUUUGUACCUGGGCUUGGAUUCCCACUCUCCAGUGGGGGCUUCUACCACCCCUCCUACAGCGUUCCUUACUCAGCGUUGAGCUAUUACAGAGGCUUUCCUCCAGCUAGCGCUCUGUAUCCCCACCCACACCACCAGUCACCCCACACAGCCCCAUCCCACCACUCUCACCAUUCACCGUCUUUCCCCCCUCCUCCCCCCACAUCUUACAUGCACCAUCACCAUCCCUCGCAUCUCCUACUGAACCCUUCCAAAUUUCAUAAGAAAAAACAUAAGCUGCUUAGGCAGGAGUACCUGGGAGGAGGAAGGUCCCCUGUCCUUUACCCACCCAUGUCCUCUGAGCUUUCCUUCAACUGGCACCACAAACACAAACACAGGCACAAACACAGAGAGCGCUGUGCUGAGGAGGACAGGGAGGAAACAGCAAGAGGAGGAUCAGGGAGCCGGGCUAGUGCAGGGAUUUCUGAGGGUGGAGCAUCAGGGAAAGGAGAGCGGGUUGGCAGUUUGGGAAUGGCAGAGUCUUUACAACGAUGCCGCUUUGGACGAGACACCUCCAGCAACAGUGCCAGCAAGCAAGCAGCUACCACUUCUGCCAACUCCCCUUCUUCUUCUUCAUCCUCAUCUGCGGAAAGGUACAAGCGCAAAGAGAGCUCAAUGUCCUGUCUAGGGCCCUCCAGGCUAACACUGGGUAGCAGUUCAAAAAGCCACCACCCAGUAGAGUCCUGGUUCAGGAUGGGCAACUCUGAGGCAGACUACUCUAAGCUUUCACGGAGUCAUGUAGUGCCUGGCCAGGGUCCCUUCUCAGAUGGACGGGCUGAAGACCCAGCGGGUUGCUCGGACAGCGAGGAUGAAGAGCCACUCACGCCCACGGAGGAUGUAGAGCCUAGAGCCCAUGAUUCUCCAAAUCUUACAAAUUUGUUUGCCUCUGCUCUCACCCGCACUGCCCUGAGGGGGAGUAGGAGCAGAAAGACUGAAGUAGCCCCAGAGAACUCCAGCUUCUCCCGCAUGGAACGACCAGUAAGGAAGGACCGCGCAACAUCAGCUGAGAGGAGAGAGUUAGGAUCAUCAGGUAUCCAGACAAGAGGUGGCGUCCUCUCGACCCCCGAGGGACCCGAUGGAUCCCUGCACCACCGGCAGCAGCACCAUCACCAACCUUCUCUGUUUCACUCCCACGGCUCUGCCUCCUCUGCCUGCCUCUCCCCCUCCCAGGACUGUUGCUUGGAUUCCUCCCUGCCCCACCACUCCCAUAGGGCACAGCCAUCCAAACACAGCCUCCACCACGUCAACAAAAUCCUGCGUGCAAAGAAACUGCAGAGACAAGCUCGUACAGGAAACAAUGUGGUGAAGAAGAGGGGUCCCGGACGUCCCAGGAAACACCCAUUACCCUCCCCGCCGCCAUCCCCACCCCCUGUCGUCGAGUUAAAUCAGACCCGACACAGGGACAGAGGAGGGGACCGGCCAGCAGGGAGCAGGGGGUGGGAGGGGGACACUGUUACAGAUGCUAUUGAGUCAGUAGUCCAGGGCCAGCGUAGGAAAGGUCAGAAGAGGAAGCACUGGGAGAGAGAUGGGGAUGAGGAAGAAGAGGAGGCGGAAGAGGACGGGGAGGUAGAAGAGACUGAGGAGCGAUUGCAAGACAGAGGAGAGGAGAACCUGGGCAACCUGGUGGCAAGGUCCAGAGCCGGGUCUGGAAGGAGUUGGCUUACCCAGGACGAGCUGAAUCACUUUCGUGGCUCAGUGGAGGGCAAGCCAGAUGGCCACUGCUCCCCAGAACGCCCAGGAACCGUCUCCAGGGAACAAGCUCCACCCAUCCCCAUAACCAGCCAACGGGAGAAGAGAGCAGCCAGACCUCCAAAGAAGAAGUUCCAGAAGGCGGGGCUUUACUCUGAUGUGUACAAGACUGAAGACCCCCGGAGUCAGCUUCUGCAGCUAAAGAAAGAGAAGCUAGAAUACAUACCCGGGGAACAUGAGUAUGGAUUGUUUCCCGCUCCUAUACAUGUUGGGAAGUACCUGAGACAGAAGCGCAUUGAUUUCCAGUUGCCUUAUGACAUCUUAUGGCUGUGGAAACACGAUCAGCUUUACAAGAGGCCUGAUGUCCCCCUUUAUAAAAAGAUCAGAUCAAAUGUCUACGUGGAUGUCAAGCCUCUCUCUGGUUAUGAAACAACUACAUGCAACUGCAGACCUCCUGUGGACCUGAAUGAAAAAGGCUGCCUGGAUGAUUGCCUGAAUAGGAUGAGCUUUGCUGAAUGCUCUCCCAGCACCUGUCCAUGUGUCGAUCAGUGUGACAACCAGCACAUCCAGAGACAUGAAUGGGUUCAGUGUCUGGAGAGGUUCCGCGCUGAGGGCAAGGGCUGGGGCAUACGCACCAAGGAGUCUCUCCGCUCCGGACAGUUUAUCAUCGAGUACCUGGGGGAAGUGGUUAGCGAACAGGAGUUCAGGAGCCGUAUGAUGGAGCAGUACUUCUCCCACAGCGGCCACUACUGUCUGAACCUGGAUAGCGGCAUGGUGAUUGACAGCUACAGAAUGGGCAAUGAGGCACGCUUCAUAAACCACAGCUGUGAACCCAACUGUGAGAUGCAGAAGUGGUCGGUGAACGGCGUAUACAGAAUCGGUCUCUUUGCUCUCAAGGAAAUCACCAGCGGUACUGAGCUCACCUAUGACUACAACUUCCAUUCCUUCAACACAGAGGAGCAGCAAGUUUGUAAGUGUGGCUCAGAGAGCUGCCGGGGCAUCAUCGGAGGGAAGAGCCAGCGUAUUAAUGGCCUGCCUGGGAAGACGGGAGGGACUCGGCGACUGGGUCGACUCAAGGAGAAGCGGAAGUCCAAACACCAGCUCAAAAAACGAGAGGAAGAGUCGAGUGACAGCAACAAGUUUUACCCUCAUCUCAUGAAGCCCAUGUCCAACAGAGAGAGGAACUUUGUGCUCAAGCACCGAGUGUUUCUCCUGAGGAACUGGGAGAAGAUGAGGGAGAAGCAGGAGUUGCUCAAAAGGGAGGGUGAGAGAGAGAGGGACGCCAGCAGCCUGUCCAUAUAUACCCGCUGGGGAGGAGUCAUCCGUGACGACGGCAACAUCAAGUCAGAUGUGUUCCUGACGCAGUUCUCAGCCCUGCAGACGUCGCGGUCGGUGCGAACAAGGAGACUCGCUGCUGCUGAGGAAAACACAGAAGUCACACGCACUGCUCGCCUGGCGCACAUCUUCAAGGAGAUUUGUGACAUGAUCACCAGCUACAAGGAUUCAGCUGGCCAGACACUUGCUGCUCCGCUGGUGAACCUCCCGUCGCGGAAGAGGAACAGCCAGUACUAUGAGAAGGUGUCCGACCCUCUGGACCUGAGCACCAUUGAGAAGCAAAUCCUCACCGGCCACUACAAGACUGUUGAAGCGUUUGACACUGACAUGUUGAAAGUAUUCCGCAAUGCUGAGAAAUAUUACGGCAGGAAGUCAUCGGUAGGCAGGGACGUGUGUCGGCUGCGGAAAGCCUACUACAGCGCCCGUAACGAGGCUGCUGUCCAGAUCGACGAGAUUGUGGGCGAGACCGCCAGCGAGGCCGACAGCUCGGAUUCGCUGGAGCGGGACCACGGCCACCACUAUGGAGGACCGGGGUCCCACGACAAGGACGACGACGUCAUCCGUUGCAUCUGUGGAAUGUACAAGGACGAAGGCCUGAUGAUCCAGUGUGAAAAGUGCAUGGUUUGGCAGCACUUUGACUGCAUGCGGCUGGAGACUGAGGCGGAGCACUACCUGUGUGAGCAGUGUGACCCUCGGCCCGUGGACAGGGAAGUUCCCAUGAUACCCCAACCCAGCUACGCCCAGGCCGGUUCUGUCUACUACAUCUGCCUCCUUAGAGAUGACCUGCUGCUACACCAAGGUGACUGUGUGUAUCUGAUGAGAGACAGCAGACGCACACCCGAGGGCCAGCCUGUCAGACAGUCUUACCGUCUCUUGUCUCACAUCAACCGAGACAAACUGGACAUCUUCCGAAUUGAAAAACUCUGGAAGAAUGAAAAGGGUGAGCGGUUUGCCUUUGGCCACCACUACUUCCGUCCUCAUGAGACGCACCAUUCUCCAUCACGGCGGUUCUACCAGAACGAGUUAUUCCGCAUGCCGCUCUACGAGAUCAUCCCCCUGGAGGCAGUGGUGGGAACCUGCUGUGUCCUCGAUCUCUACACUUACUGCAAGGGACGGCCUAAAGGUGUGAAAGAGCAGGAUGUGUACAUCUGUGAUUACCGCUUGGACAAGUCGGCUCACCUGUUCUACAAGAUCCAUCGUAACCGCUACCCAGUCUGCACCAAGCCAUAUGCCUUCAACCACUUCCCCAAGCGGCUGGCACCCAAGAGAGACUUCUCGCCUCACUACGUUCCCGACAACUACAAGAGGAACGGCGGCCGCUCGGCCUGGAAGAGCGAACGACCCAAAGGAGCUGAAGGCUGCGAGGACGACGGCUCUUCCUGCGACCGGGGCGACGACUUCCCGCCGGAGGCCGAAGACAGGAGAGGAGUGGAGGACGAGAUGGACAUGGCUCCGGAGGAUCCCGAACUCCUAUCAGGCAAGCCCCGACAAGAGGAACGGGAAGGGGAGGGAGACAAGGACGAAGACGAAGAGGAGGAGGAAGAGGACGGACAGGAGGUUGAGGAGCGCAAGGAGCUGGAGGAGAGUUCCGCAGAGAGGAUAGGAGAGAUGCUUGAACUCCCGUCCUCCUCGGCCUCCUCGCCGCUACACCCACCGGUGCUGGGCAGGAGGGAGGCCCAGAGGGAACGGCUCAACAAGAUUCUGUUGGAUCUGCUGCACAGAACACCCAACAAGAAUGGUGAGGGACCAAGCACGAAGCAGGGGGCCAUAGAUGUCACUUAUCUCCUGGAGGAGGGCGCUGGGCGGAGGCUACGGCGACGGACGCUCGGAUUCGGUGAUUUUGUUGGCAGGAAAUAAACCUUGCUACGUGCCUGGCAAGCACACUGCCUUUAACUUUUGUGAGCAAGCGGGCAGAAAAUGAAGAGACAGCAAGAAAGGGAAAAUGAGCAUUGUUGGCUAUCCAACCAUUAAGGACCACAAUGCAUCCCUGGGGGCCUCUUCCAGCUUACCUCUUCCAAGACUGUCAUCUCAACUCUGAGAGGAUGGAGGGGGUUCGGAAGCGCUGACUUCAUGGCAAUUUCAGCUUUUUAAGAGUUCUCAAGGAGCACGAAGCGGGUGCCGACCCCAGACUUCUUGCUUAUUUAAGUAGUGUGAUGCAAAACCUUUUUUUUUUUUUGUUUGUUUUUUUUGUUUGUUUGUUUUUUUGGAAAAAUGAACAUAGGAGAGAUAACCCAUGCACUUAAAUGCAUUGAACAUUACAGACAUGGGUAGAUGAAUUCCACUAGCAAGCAUCAGAAACAAGUGGUACUGAAUAGGGACAGAUUGAGAGAGGGAUGGCUAGUCAGUUUCAGUCAGUGGGGGGGGGGAUGAGAUUGCUGGAGAAUUGUUCCCCCUAGUGGGACCUAGCUGCAAUGACAAGAUGUAACAAAUAAAGACAAGAUCUGCGCCGGGACCGAUGGGGAGGGGAGGGGAUGAUCAGAUGAUAUAGGAGAAAUGUAAGUUGAGCAGUGUGUGUGCUCAGAUGCUGCUCAUGAGAAAGAAAGGGUGGUGAACUGCACUUUUGGUACCAUGGAUAUUGUGAAGCUCUGUGUAAUGUAUCUAUAAUGAAAAACACACUAACACUCUCACAGUAUUGGAUGAUGCAGUCUGAAAAAAAAAAAAAAAAAAAAAGCGAGUUAAAAAGUCUAUUAUCUUUUUCCUGUUAUACUGUAGUAACUCAUUUAGGAAGAGAAGAGGCCAGGGGUGUGUUUGUUUUUUAGAGGAAAGGGAGGGGAGGGAAGAUUGAGUGUGCGCUUUUUUGUCAGUCAAAGUGUCUUGUUGAGGUUUUAAUUUUUAAUUUUUUUUUUUUUUUCGUGAGGCAGUCAGCUUCGCCCCUCUUUUUUGAAGUAACAUGAUUCACCAGCUUAACUAAAUCAGGCGGGCGGGGGGACACCGGCUUUAACUGUAACGCCUUACACAGCCGUGCUCUCCGACUGCCUUGCGUGAGUGUGUGCGUGCGUACACACUUACCGUGUGUGUCUGUACCAGAUUUCUUGAAGAUAUACCUUUUUAAAAAAAAAACGGAAAAAAAAAAUUAAGGGCUCGAUGGCAAUUAACAGUUUUAAGAAACUAUGGAAAACAAUACUUAACAUGAAAUGUAUCGUGAUGGUCAUAUUUUCUUAUAUUCUGUGAGACGGGUGGGGCGGUGUAUACUGUAUAUUGGGAGGGGAAGGGACUUAAGAUUUUUUCUUUUUGUCUUUCGACUAUGUUCCUGGUUGCCAUGGAGAAUGUUUUAAAAGAAAUUGUGAUAUUUGAUGAGAUUUCUUCUUCUUCUUUUUUUUUUUUUUUUCCCCCCAAAUGCCUCUGCUAAAAAGGGACAGCCUGCAAUGUCCCAAUGCGGUAAAAACUGACAGAGAAGUGACGAGAAUGAGACACUGAUAGAGGGAGAGUGAGGGAACGGGAAAGCUGUACAGUGCCAAGUUAUGUAUAUAUACACACUUUACAUUGAGGAGUGUCUCCAAAAGCAAUAUCGAAAAUGGAUUUUGUUUAUUAUUGUACUGUACAGGACUCAGCCCUAAAUGUAUUAUGAUUAUUAUAAUAAUAAUAAUAUUAUAAUUUCUUCUGUUUGUAUUACUAUAAUGAAGACACUUAAGCUCGGAGGAAAAUGAUUUUUUUAAAUGUCCAGAAAAUCCCACCAUAACUGUCCUGAAGACAUGAUAACUUGUUGAGUUUUGUUGCCUAUAAAUGAAAUUCAUCUAUGUACUGCAUGAGCGAGAAGAAUGUCAAACGGACACAGAAGGCAUUGGGACAUGACGGUGACUCAGCAACAACACCUUUGUCACUGAAUAUUGUUAAUAAUAUUACUUUUAAGGAGAAACGUACUCCUUGUUUUUUGCUGCAAAGUGUUGAACACUAAAAAAACAAACCAACAUAAAAAUGUUAUGAUAUUUUUAAAAUGGUGACAGAAACAAAAGUAAAGCUGUCAGCCCAGUAUCAUGUUAUUAUUAUUAUUAUUUUUUUUUUUCUUUUAAAAUAGGAAAUGGUUCCGUUUUGUGAUAGCGGUCAUUGUAUGAUGCUUGUACUUGUAUUUGUGUGUUUUGUGUGAUUCGUUUAGUUAUUUUUAGACAAUCACAAAAUAAGAUGCAAGCAUUGUAAAUGGCAGACUGGCGGACAUUUUGUGAUGUGUACAGUUUGUCAAAAAAACUUCUUCCACUCGUUAAAAGUUUGUAAUUAUGAUUCUUAAGUCAUGGAAAAAAAUGCUGUUGGUUUUUACUUUUUUGUUUUAUAUUUGUUUUUUUGUUUGUUUGUUUUUUUAAUAAAAAGCACUACAUUAUUGUGAAUACA